UGAUUGGCUCACCCACCCUAUGGAAGACCCUCGACGGCUUCCUUAUGGCUGUUACAGAAGACGGCUAUGUUCUCUAUGUCUCUCCCACUGUCCAGGACUACUUGGGAUUUCAUCAAUCAGAUGUCAUCUAUCAGAGCGUGUUCGAGCUGAUCCACAAGGAGGACAGAGCCAUGUUCCAGAGCCAAUUAUGCUGGCCUUCAGACACAGCACCUGUCGGCAGAGAAGAGGAGCAGGACACCCACUCUCUGCGUGGGGAGAAGUUUCUCUCACUUAGUGAUACCUCCACUGACAGCCUGCAGCAUCAGCCCUUGGAGGACCCCUCCUAUCUGGAGAGAAGCUUUGUCUGUCGGUUCCGCUGCCUGCUGGACAAUUCUUCUGGGUUUCUGGAGUUGAAUUUCCAUGGCCAUCUUAAAUUCCUCCCUGGACAGAACAAUAGGUCAGAAGAUGGCAUCCUCGUGUAUCCUCAACUCACCCUGUUUGCCACCGCAACACCUCGCCAGCCAGUCACUAUCUUGGAGCUCCAAAACAAAACAUUUCUUUUCCAAACAAAACACAAGUUGGAUUUCACACCAAUAGCCUGUGAUUCCAGAGGCAAGGUGGUCCUGGGUUACACGGAGAGUGAACUCUGCAGGAGGGGAUCGGGCUACCAGUUCAUCCACACGGCCGACAUGAUGUACUGCGCGGAGAAGCACGUGCGGAUGAUGAGGACGGGCGAGAGCGGGCUCACCGUGUUCCGGCUGCUCACCAAGCAAGCCGGCUGGCUGUGGGUGCAGGCCAACGCCCGCCUGGUGUUCCGCAGCGGCCAGCCCCACUGCAUCGUGGCGCGGCAGCGGGCCCUAACGAACGCGGAGGGGGAGGAGCACCUGCACAAGCGGGCCCUGCAGCUGCCGUUCACCCUCACCACGGGGGAGGCCGUCCUGUAUGAGAGCAGCCCUGUGGGCCCCCUGACCCACCUCCCAGCCAGGAGGAGGACCAGGGCAAGGAAGGGCUCCCCCACUGGCCAGGGUCCUGCGCACUGGUGCUCUCUCCUUGGAACCAUGAUACAAGAUGAAUCCAUGCACCUGUCCCACAUCACCCCCACCCGCCGAGACUCCCCCUUGGAGAGGGGGGUGUCCCAUGACAGGCAUGAGGAGAAGGAGGAGGAAGAGCAGGGGGAAGACAGCUCUCUCCUGGCCCUCAUCGAGACCCUGCUGGAGAAGGACACAGAAGAGCAGCCUGACCUCUGCUCCACUCUCCAGCCCCUGUGGAGAGAGAACCUUCUCAGGGCUGACUUGGACUCUGCAGGGCCUCAGAACUGCUGCCUGCUGCCACCCAGCCAGGGGAGGGGCCCCCACAGCAUGAAGGAGGCGCUUUUUCAUGACGGAGGGAGUGUGCUUCUACAGGAACCCUUGGCUAUACAGGGCUCUCGUGGUGCAGACCCCGGCCCGGCCACCAAGCAGCAGUGGGUGCAGAUGGGGCUGCAGACCCAGGAGAAUUACAGUUGGUGUCACCGGGUCUGCAUCACCUGGGCGCUCACCUGGGCUGAACAGCAACGCCCAGCCGCCCUUCCCGCCGAGCGGCCUGCACUUGCCACGUGGCUGCUCCUGGCUCUCGAGGCCGGAAGCGGCAGUGACCGGAAGCGGAAGCGCCGGCCAGUCACGGCCCGCUGGGAUUCAGAGCAGGGGGCGUGGCAAGGCCGUGUCGCGAGGGGGGGCUGCGUGGAGGCGGCACAGUGGGCUCGGGGCCUGUGCUCCCCGCCGGCGCGGCGUCCCACGAGGCUCACGGCCUCCGCCGGCCGCGUCUGCACCUGCCCGAGCUUCGCGGAGCUGCUCGGUGGGCGCGAGCGCCGGACCCGGAGCGGCCCCUCCUCUCCUCCCCCGUCACGGGCAGGCUGUGAGUCGCGCAGCCCUGCGUGA